AUGAAUAAGAACGGAGGCCAUAUUUUUUCCUUGAUAAAAAGCAUAGUCCCUGGGAUACAUAAGGUCAAAGCCGGCGACACAAUCGGCUUCGGUCUCGAUUUCGGCGCUACAAUCCAACACCCAGCUCCCAUGCAAGUCUACCUCUCAAAAGCACCAGGCGAUGUGAAAGACUACGAUGGCUCCGGCGACUGGUUCAAGGUCUACGAGCUGGGUCCUACCGAGCGAGUCACCACCCGCCAAUUCCUGCCCAUGCGCUAA